UCAGAAGCAAUUGAAAAGUCGUUUUUUUCCAACAACCUUUCAGCUUUUGUAGCUGCUUUCCGAUUCUUCAAUAUGGCUAAGGAUGAGUUAAACAGUGGUCUUUUAGGCAAUGAGGUCAUAGCAGUUGAAAUGGGAGCCAGUAUCACCAAUCUGACAGACAGCAUUUCUAUCAAAUAUCACAAGAUCAAACAGAAAGGAAUUCCAUCCUGUUGCUCAUGGAAUGGCGAAGGACAUCUGCCAGUCUGGACUAAUAGCGGAUGUGAAACAAUAACAGACGGGGACAAUAUUACCUGCAAUUGCUCACAUUUGACGUUUUUUGCUGUCCUAAUGGCUCCCCUCAACAUCACCAUGUCCACCUCUGACUUGACCACACUCACCACCAUCACACAAAUUGGCUGUGGCUUGUCCAUGUUCUUCCUCAGCGUAGUACUGUUUAUGCACUUUCUUAUAAGGAGGGCCAAAGCCACUGCAGCCACACACUUCCUCAUACACUUGAUUUCAGCCAUGUUCCUGCUGAACCUCACUUUCCUCACCAACCACUGGGUGGCAAAAAUUGGCAACUCUGCAGUUUGCAAGAUGAUGGCGGCUGUCAUGCAUUACUUUAUGUUGGUCACCUUCACGUGGUUCGCCAUGCAGGCCUUCCACUUCGUCCUGCACGUGCCUCGAAGGAUUAACACGCGCCACUAUGUCGUCAAAGUCGCCUUGAUCAGUUGGCUUCUUCCAAGUGUAAUUGUCAUCGUCCUGCUCAUCACUGCAAAAUAUGGCAAGCAAGUCAUCAACACUGAUGAAGCCAACGUGAACAUGUGCUGGAUAGCCGACAGCAACGUCCACAACAUCGUCAACAUAGGCUACUACGCGGUGGUCUUCCUAUUCACCUUCACCGCCUUCAUCGUCAUCUUCACGUGGCUCAUUUGCCUCAGAACCAAAGCGGGUACAACUGAGUUGAGCGGCGUUGGCAAAAGGGUCGUCACCAUCAUGGGCCUGUUUUGCAUACUGGGAAUCUCUUGGGGUUUUGCUUUCUUUGCCUAUGGCGCCUUCCAGAAGCCGGCCUACUACAUUUUCACCAUCCUCAAUUCUUUCCAAGGUUUCUUCCUGUUCAUAUACUACUACAAGACCAGGAACACGAGCAAGACCGAAGGUGGUUUGAGCGUUUUUAAUUUAAGCAGCACAAAGAACACUGUGAAUACUGCUGUGGAGGACUACCAGAACCCCUAUGAAGACAUGUCGACCAAACCCAAAAAUCUUUAA